ACGCCCAUCACGCCGAGUACGAGGAGAUUAAAGAUUUUCUCCGCAAUAUCAAAGAUGAGGAACGUGCAGUCCGAGUCCCUUUUCUAUGGAAAAAAGUAAUGGAACCUCCUUUCACAGCAGUAUCGAAAUUAUUCGAAAAAAAUCUCAACAAGACGGAGGAGAACCUAGAGAAUACAGGAUGGUUUCAAAGAUCGCAGAGAGAAUGUUGUCCUACCAUGACGAGAACACAAAGACUCAUAUCCUUUGCUGUAUGUUUUCUAAUGGGAUUGUUAUGCUUUUGUCUAUCAGCAAUUUAUAUUCCUGUUUUAUUACUUAAAGCAAGAAAAUUUGCUCUACUUUAUUCCUUAGGAAGUCUCUUCUUUCUAAUGAGCUUCUGUUUUUUAUGGGGAUCAAGUUAUAUGAGAUCAUUAUUCCUAACUGAGAAGAAGUACUUUACCAUAUUGUACUUUGCAACAUUAACAGGCACACUUUACUUUGCUCUGCAUUUGCAAUCGACUCCUUUGACAGUAUUAUGUGCUAUCUUACAGUUGAUAGCUACAUUGGCUUUUUUAAUAAGUCAUAUACCAGGAGGUACAACUGGUCUGAAAUUCUUUACAAGAAUAUUUAAAUCAUCUGUGAAAUCAAGUUUACCUGUGUGAGAAACAUUACUAUGCUUAGGAUAUAUUUUACUAGUUUAUGAUAAAAACUCAUC